CAUAUCCCCCAACCUCACAUAAGUUGUCGUCAGACUUGGUUUAUAACAAUUCAAUCUUUCGAUCCGCAUGUACACGUUUUUUCCCGUGCAUGUAAUUCAACGACUUGUAUCAUCCGACUCUGUACUUCAGAAUACGACGAAGUCAGCAAAAAGAAAAAGAAUAAGAAGAAAAGACGGUCCACCAUGGACGUAAACGUCCCCAAGCUAGUAGACUCGGUGCUCCCCGACCGGGCCAAGGGCAGAAACGCCCGCAUCAUCGCAGAUAACACGCCCAACUACCGCGACCAGGGUUUCUUGUCGAGCGACUUCCCCCGCUCGCCCGCCAAGCUGUACAUCACAGCCGAAGACGACAGCUUCGACGAGCAGACCUUCACAGAAUGGAAGCAGGAGGGGUUUAACGUUGAGUACUUGCCCAUGGGCAGAGGGGGACCCGAGUACCGCGGAACUUUGUUCUCGCUGUUCCGGCGCGACAUGGGGCCCUGCGAAAUGUUCGGUAUUGUUGCCUAUGGCGAGGCGGCCGCGUUUUGUCUCGAGCAUUUCCAUAUGAUGGAUAAUAACCCGGACCACAAGCUCGGGUGCUUGAUUGCAUAUUACCCGACGCGGAUUCCGGACCCGAAAGCCAAGUUUCCGUCUGCGGUGCACGUGUUGGUGCAUUUACCGUUUGGGGAGGUUGGGGUAGUCAAGCAGAGCCAGCUGGUUGGGUUCCAGGGGAAGAAGAGGUUCGGGAAGAGAACCAUUGAUCAGGGAGUUGGGAUUGGAGGCAGUUUGAAUAUUGCAUAUCCCGCAUAUUCGUAUGAUGCCGAGCCUGGGUUCGCGGAGCACGACAUGGAUGAGUUUGACCAGGUUAGUGCGGAGCUGGCUUGGAGUCGGACGUUGGCGACGGCCAAAAAGACGUUUGGGAUGGAUAGUCGGUUGGAGGCGGUUGUAGAGAAUAAUAUGCAUGCCAAAUUCAACACGUGCAACGUCCCAGGCUUAAUGUCCACCUACACGGCCAACGUCGACCCGCACGUGACGCACAUCCCGACCCUAACAGGCGGCAUCGGUGCCGAGGAGCUGCAGCACUUCUACACGCAGUUCUUCGUAAAGAAGAACCCACCUUCGCUGCAGCACACCCUCAUCUCGCGCACCAUCGGCGCCGACCGCGUCGUCGACGAGAUGCAUGUCACUUUCCAGCAUACACAGGAAAUGCCCUGGAUCUUGCCCGGGAUUCCGCCUACGCGCAAGAAUGUUGAAAUCAUGAUUGUUAGUAUUUUGACGUUCAAGGGAGGAAAGAUAUUCCAUGAGCAUAUUUAUUGGGACCAGGCAAGCGUGUUGCUGCAGACGGGUCUACUGAAUCCGAUGGUUGUUCCAAGAAAAGCGAAGGCGAAGGGGGUGAAGAGAUUGCCCGUUUAUGGUUGGGAGCCGGCGAGGAAAAUUUUGGAGGGGUUGGACGACGGGGAAGAGGGCGAGGCAGAUAAUGAGCUUAUUGAUGGGUUCUGGGAUUCUGAGGAUGAGAAUGACGCUGGGGAAGAAGAACCCAUUGAGGACACAGAUGGGAACCAGUAUGACGAGGAGGACGGAAUGGAGUACGUUUCGAGUGCUGGAGGAUCGGUGAAGCCACAGUCUAAGGAGCAAAAGUCACAAUUAAGGAGGGAGAAGGGGAAGGAGAAGGAUAACGAGCAGAACAUGCCGAAACAGAAAGCGAAUGGGAAUGGGAAUGGGAAUGAUUACUUUGGGUCGCAUGCGCAAAAUGCUACUGUGGAGAAUGCGGACGAGUCGAGCUGAGAAGAGAUACCGUCUGUACAAAAUGAUCGAUUGAGUAAUAGUAUCACCUGAAUUCGGUCGGCCAAGUUUUUAGGAUAAUUCUGUGUACCAGCGAGGGGUGGUCCUUCUCAUUGCCGUACAGUAUACUG